AUGCUUCCCGACGCCACCGUACUUGCACACCUAACGGACGCUCACUGUCACGCGGGCGAACAUGACAUGCCGCGGCCCGAGGACAUGGACGCGUUGCCAAUACGUAUAUGUGUCAUGUCUAGUCGACUCGGCGAUCAGACGCGCACUCGCGCGCUUGCAGAGGGCUGGAAAGACAAGGUCAUCCCCGCGUUUGGCUAUCACCCAUGGUGGUCACAUCACAUCGCGCUGAAAGCUGUCGACUCCGCUGAGGAGCAUUAUCGUAUGCUAUUUCUGCCUACGUCUGAGGCACAAGCCAAGUACGAGGAUGCGUUCGCACGAGUAUUACCUUCACUCCCAGAGCCCAGGCUUUUGUCCGACGUAUUAGAGGAAGUUCGCGUCAAUCUGACCGACUUCCCUAACGCGAUGCUGGGUGAAGUCGGUCUUGACCAAGCCGCGCGUAUACCGUUUUCCUUCGACGAGGCUAAGGGCGAAAGGCGCGAGCUCUCACCGUUCACCAUACCGCUUGGGCACCAGAGGGCAAUACUCGAAGCACAGAUGGACCUCGCCGUGGAGCUUAGGCGAAAUAUCAGUCUGCAUAGUGUCAAAGCGCCGCUUCCGACACGCGAAGUGCUUGAUGCAAUGGCGGCACGGCAUCGUUCUCAUUGGCGCGCUAUCAGUAUAGACUUGCAUGCAUGCGGGAUGAGUCCUGAGAUGUACAAAGAUAUCGAGAAACACCACCCGAACGCAUUUCUCUCACUUGCCCGAUGCAUCAACGGUCGCUCGCAGAAUCAUCUUGCCUUGAUCAGGGCAGCAAACCCUCAACGGCUACUCGUAGAGUCAGACUACCCGCUCGCUAAAAAUCUCGCGGCGGAGACAUGGGCAAUGGUGGAGACCAUCGCAAAAGAGCGUGGUUGGCGUCUUGAACAAACCUGGGAUUAUGAGGAGUUGGAGGACGGGAUGAAGGAUAAUUGGGGCGUGGUACGGAGGCUCGAGGCGAACUGGCGGAGGUUCGAGAAGGGAGAUCACCCGGCCCAGAGAGUCAUGAAUCGCAAACGACGCACAGACUUCAGCUACGAGGAAUAUCCGGACAGUGACACAAGCGACUAA